UUGUGUUUUGUGUGUGUUCGUCUUUGUGUUUGUUUUGUGUGUGUCCGUGUUUGUGUUUGUGUUUUGUGUGUGUUCAUUUCACAACCUGAUAUUUCACCACCUAAGGGGGCUGAUUGUUUUUCUCAUCUUCGAGAAGCACUUACAGGAGAUUUUUCAAGAUGGUGAAGAAAAGUAGAGCAUUUUCCCAAGACUUGGCCCAGGAACAGCAAAAGUGUCUGUUAAAGAAGACAAAAACCCUGCCAUUCCGAGAUCCCCCUCACCGCACUGUACCCUCAUCAAAUAACAAGAAUGUGCAAGAGCCAGACUUCGAGGCCAAGAAGGACAACAUUCCUGCUAGGCCAAAAAUGGAGGGAAAAGAUGCUGUGGCCUCAUCCUCAGGGAGGAAUCUGACUUUUGUCGGUCCUCCCUCACCAGUUCCUUCAAUCAUUGAGGAGGAAUUCCCUCCUGUUUCCCCCAAGAGGCAUUCCAAAGCCACCCCGGCCUGUCCUGGCCAAGCAGAUGAUGAUCCUUGGAAGAGGACAUCAAAAGUCUAUUCGAUACUGGACUCAGCUGAGACUGGGCCCGAACCCUCCUUGGAAUUGCCUCAGGAAGAAUCUUCUGCUUCAGCCCAAGAAUUCGGCCCACUCUGGGCCAUCAAAGUAGUGGGUGCUCCUUGGAAGAGGACACCCAAAGUAUGCCCAGGUCUUCCACCCCAAGAAGCCAGCCCAUCCUUGAGAGAUUUCUCCUUGAGAGAGGAUUACCAAAGCAUCCCUGGAUCUUAAAAUUGAGUCUCAGACAUCCCCCAGAGUUCUUUCCAAACCCUCCUUCAGUUGGGUACAAGGAGAAGGUCCUCCUCCCCAAGAAGCCAGCCCAGCCUCUACCACCAAAGGAUUCAGUGCUGCUUGAAAGAGGAUCUCCAAAGCAUCCCUAGCUUGUCCCACUGAGUCCAAGGCAUCCCCCAGACUUCUCUCCAAAUCCUCUCUCAGUUGGACACAGGGAAAAAGUCCUCAAUCUCAAGAAGCCAGUCCAGUCUGCAUCAUUAAAGAAGUCAGAGCUCCUCGUAAAAGGACCAACACAAUAUACCCGGCACUUCCCACUGAGUCCCAGCCAUCCCCCAGAGUUCUCUCCGAACCUUCCUUCAAUUGGGCGCAAGGAGAAGAUGGUCCACCCCAAGAAGUCACCCCAGCCUGUCCCUUCAAAGGACUCAAUGCUAUUAAGAAGAGGAUCAACAAAAUAUCCCUGGCUACACCUAAUGAGUCAAAGACAUCACCCAAAAUCCUUUCUGAACCUUCCUUCAAUUGGGUAAAGGGAAAAGGUCUCCCACCCCAAGAAGCCAGCCCCACCUGUGGCAUUAAAGAAAUCAGUGCUGCUCGAGAGACCACCCCUACUGUUCUCUCCAAAACUUCAAAAGAUCCUCCACCCCAAGAAGCCAGCCCAGCCUGUACCACUCCUAGAGAGACCACCACCAAAGUAUCCCCAGCUCUGCCCACGGAGUUGAAAACAUCCCCCCGAGUCCUCUAUGAACCCUCCUUCAGCUGGGCACAAGGAGAAGAUCCUUCAGCCCAAGAAGCUGCCCCAACAUGUGAUCAUCUCUGGAAGAAGACUGGCAAAUUCCUGCCAGCCUUAAUCCCCAAAUCAAACCCUUCUCCAACAACAGUCCCCGAGAAUUCCUCCCAAAAGACUGAAGAGAGAGAUCGGAGACACCAAGGUCUAUUUUGGUGCUUUUUAAAAUGUUUCAGAAAGUAGGACAUUUGCAAGCUCUCCCAACUUCCCCACAAUUGAAACAAAUUUAUAAUUUAGGGACAUUAAAAUCAAAGACUCAGAAUAUCACAGGGGGUCCCUCAUACACAAUUCAAAGGGCUGUGAAAAAACUCAUCAGGCUGGGGAUGAAGCUCUCUAAUAUGGCAACACUUCCAGACUUAAAUCCACAGAAAUAACAAUUGGGGACCCCCGGCCACAUUGGGAGUGGCUGGAGCCACAGACACUUUCAUCUCCUAGGCUCCCUUUUCAAAUUGAGGUCUGAGUCCUGGAGGCCUGAGUGAAGCUAGGCUGACUACGAUGGAAGCAUCUUAGAACCUGAGGAUGUGGCCCUGGCGAGGAUCCAGCUCCUGGUGAGUGCAGAGACAAUGGAUCCAGGAUGCUGCUGGCUGCUGGUACUUAACAAGUGAGGGGAGCUCUUACUUUCGGGUUCCUGAUCAGAAGGCAAUGUUGAAUGGAAGCUUUAGGAACAUCCUCUCCACACAUCAGUUAAAGGAGUUUAACACUUAUUCCUCAUUUUAAAACACAAACCUGCAAAGAACCAUCCCACCAUUGAAAUAUAAGAUCGGAACAGGGAAGAUGAGACUUCAUCUUCAGAGGAGGACACUUAAGUGAAAAAAAAACUUUUACCCCAAAGACUAAUGUGCAAUGACUGCACAACUAAAGAAAAUAUGGAGAACUCAAAAAAGAAUUUAAAAAUCAACAAAAUAGAGAAAAAAUUAACCAAAAAAAAUCCUUCCAAGAAAAACUAAAACUAUUUAAAAAAAAAGAAAACCAACUUGCAAAGGAGGAAAGGAAUCUCAAGAUGAAACUAAGUCUUUGAAAAAUGAGGAUUAGCAAUGGGAAACCAUAGAAGUGAAUAACAGUAGAGAUUAUAAAUAUUGAAAACAAAUUGAACAAUGUGAAACUUAAAAGACAGAUCUGGAGAAUAGAUUAGGAACAGAAAAUUGAAGAAAUGGUCUACCUGAACAUUUUGACGAAAAAGAGAACCUUAACACAAAUAAUGCAAGAAAUAAUUUGGCAAUAUUGUCCUGGAAUGAUAGGGCAUGAGGGGAAAAUGUCCUAAUAGGUAAAAAAAAAAAAAA